GAGCAAACCGACACAUAUUCACCGGUGCCACCGCCAUCACAUGACAAUGACGGUGAGCCUGCAGAGGAGGCGGAGCCUAAAAGAGACGCCAUCCAAUCCGCUGUAAAGACUAAAUGCUCCAAAGUCAUCAGUUACCAGGGUGUUGUGACAGAAGUUGUGAGUGAUGGGGCGGGGGGCAUAUGUGUGAUGGAAAGGUGGGCCUGUGUCUGGCCUAUCAGCCGGCUUUGAGGAGGAAACUGAGACCUGGAGACAGUGUGGAGCUCCACAGUGUCCACUUCCUGUAUCGUCCGUGCCCUGACUUCCUUCCCUUCGUGCUUUGUGCCUGUCUGCGUUCCAGCCUGAGGGUCACAACCUUCAGCAGGGUUGUGGGAUUGGAGCCUGACGUCCGCUGCCCUGGAGACGGAGUGUUGCCACGGUUACUGGUGCAGAGAAAUGUAGGUGUGGCUGAGUACCUGUGGGUAUGUCAUCUGACCGCCGCGUUGAGGAAGAGUCUGAUUCCCAGCGUGCCGACGGAGCAGUGUGUCUGUCUGUUGUCAUGGAAACUGAUGGAGUUGGUGUUUGGAAAAGGAGGAGCAAAAAGAGACAUUUACUCAGAGAUGUUGGACGAGCAGGACACCUGUCCUCUGACACAGUACUCGUUGGACUCGUCCGUCCCUCAGUUCGUCAGUUUGUCUCAGUGUUCUGACUCUCUGCACUCAAACUGCUGGUCGGACUUCAGUCUGAGCUCUCUGCUGCCCCCUGAUGGAUCCAGUCUGACCCGAGCUGACAUCAAUGCUGCUCUGUCCUGGUCCUUCCAAACGGUGACCUUUGACCCCUGCCUUGACCUUCAGACUGGUGACAGACUCAGGCGGCGCCCCCUGCUGUUGGUUGGCGUCUUGGCGCUUCCAUCGCAGACGUGUGAGCAUACGCUGCGACUGAGGGAUCACACGGGCGCCAUGGCGUGCGUUGUCACGGAGACCAGUGAGGAAGAGGAUGGAGGUCAGAGGGCAACCUUCAACACUGCUUGGCUAGGUUGCCUGGUGUGUGUUCGCCAGUUUACCACAGUAACUGAGAGAUUCAUCCAAUCAGAUUUCCCGUCGUGCCGACACCUGCAGCAGGACGGUUACAUCACAGACAGACACUGCAGAGUUUACCUCCAGUUUUCACUGGACCACGCCCACGUCCUCAGCCCCUCUGUUGCCAUGGUUACACAUAGACAGAGGGAGGAGCCAGGAGGUGAUGAUCAUAAAGAGGAGGAGGAGCCUCAAAGCCAGAGGAAGAAAGGAAAGACAGAAGAGGGACAGAGCGCCUCCCGGCCGUGUGUCUCCAUGGUGAUCAGGGUGGAGCAAAAAGAAGGUGUGUCCUGGAGGAACAGUGGGGCAGGUCUGAGGGAUAAGGAGGCGGGGCUGUCACUGUGCUUCUGUGUCAGAGCCGCUGUGAUUGGUCCAGUGGUGAUCUGGGAACAGGACCCGAAGAACGGAAGAAUGUUGGAUAGAGAGGCGGGAGAGAGAGAGAAGGACAAGGUGGCGCUGUGGUUUACUGGUGUGUCUGCAUGCUGGUUUCCUGUCCUCCAGCCCGGAUGUUUCUACAGGCUCGUAGCCGCCAACACACAGGAUCCCAGCGUUCUCAUUGGCUCUGGUGUUUGUAAGCAGAGCAGAGUCGAGUGCCAUGCUGACUCCACCCUUCAAGUCCACUCUGAUUGGAGGUUCCACACGCUGACACGCCCACUUUUGCUUCCCGCGUAUAAGCAGGCUCUCUCGCUCACAGUCAUGUCUGUAUCUGAGGUUCUGGACUGCAGGUAAAAUAUUUGAAUGUUUCUUAAAAUUGCAAAGCUCUUUCUUAAAAAAAAUAAAACAAAUAAAUAUAAGGUCUUUAAACUGAAAUUACAGAGCACCC